UGUACGCUUAGUUUGUCUGCGCACGACGCAACGCUCUCUCGUUUUUUUACAUUUUCUGCUGUGCUGAGGUCCGAAGGAGCGGAGACAGAUCUAACGGCGGCCCUUCGAGCGGUCGCUUCUCCGGAGGCCCCCCCGCCACCGUUCGAUCCGCAGGCCGCCGCCACCGCCGCCGCUUGGAUCCAAGUUCUCUGCUCGAGCCUCGCCGUCCGAUCGGCUACGGUGACCGCGAAUUCUCGGACAAUUGCUUCGUGUCUCGAUAUUUGAUGGGAACAGAAGAGACAAGAAAAAAUAUGGAUAUUGACAGUUGGUGCUCGGAUUUGGCAUAUGACCAGUGGGUAGCACUCCCGGUGUCAGGGCAACGGCCGUCUGCUCGAUACAAGCAUGCUGCAGCUGUUGUUGAUGAGAAACUUUACAUCAUUGGUGGGAGUCGAAAUGGUCGAUACUUGCCUGAUGUUCAGGCCUUUGAUUUUAAAAGUUUGACAUGGUCUAGUGUAAGAUUAAAGAUGGAAUCACAAAUUGGUAACUGGUCACCAGAAAAUCUACUAUCCACCUCAGGUCACACUACGAUCACAUGGGGAAACAAACUACUUCUCAUUGGUGGACACUCAAAGCAUGAUUCUGAUAGUAUGUCAGUGAGGUUCAUUGAUUUAGAAUCGCUUCAAUGUGGUUUUGUGGAGACCUCGGGAAUAGCUCCAGAAGCUCGAGGGGGCCACUCUGCAUCUCUUGUUGGAUCUAAGCUUAUAGUUUUUGGUGGAGAAGACAGAAAAAGGCGAUUACUAAAUGAUGUGCACAUCCUUGAUUUAGAGACAUUGAGCUGGGAACUUCUUGAGGCAACGCGGACACCUCCGGCUCCCAGAUUUGACCACACAGCUGCAGUGCAUGGGGAUCGCUAUCUUAUAGUUUUUGGUGGGUGCUCUCACUCGAUCUUCUUCAGUGAUCUGCAUGUACUGGACUUGCAGAUGAAGGAAUGGUCCCAACCUGAAAUUCGGGGUGAUAUGGUUACUCCUCGAGCAGGUCAUGCUGGUGUUCCCAUUGGUGAGAGCUGGUACGUUGUCGGUGGUGGAGAUAACAAGAGUGGGUGCUCAGAGACUUUGAUGUUAAAUAUGCCUAAACUUGUCUGGUCAACAUUGACAACCGUGAAGGAGAGGGAUCCACUUGCUAGUGAGGGACUUAGUGUUUGCUCAGCACUUAUUGCUGGUGAGAUACAUUUGGUUGCAUUUGGUGGCUACAAUGGCAAAUAUCAAAAUGAGAUUUUUCUCAUGAGACCCAAACCAAGAGAUUCUUCACGUCCUAAGAUAUUUCAAUCACCGGCUGCAGCUGCUGCUGCAGCUUCCGUCACCGCUGCAUAUGCCCUGGCAAAAUCUGAAAAACUGGAUUUCCUUGAUAUGGAGGAACCAAUUAAGUUAGUUGUGAAUAAAAAAGAUGUAUCAGUUGAGCUCGAUGCGGUUAGAGAGGACAAGAAAGUGAUGGAAUUGUCACUUACUGAAGCCAGACAAGAAAAUUCUAGGCUCAGGGAAAAGAUAGAAGAAGUCAAAAAUACCCAUGCUGAGCUCUCAAAGGAGCUUCUUUCUGUCCAAGGUCAAUUGACUUCUGAGAGAUCAAGAUGCUUCAAACUGGAGGCACAAAUAGUGGAAUUGCAGAAGGUGUUGGAAUCCUUUCACUCAAUUGAAAGUGAGGUAGAAGUUCUUCGAAAGCAAAAGUCUGCACUAGAACAGGAUAUGGAGCAUGCUGCAACUGCCACAAGACAAGGUUCCGGCGGCCUGUUGAGCUGGUUGUCCGGGGCUCCACGAAGUUCAUAAAGUUUGAAGAGGCUAGUGCCCCAAAGUUAAAGCUUGUUAUGACUCAUUGUUUGUAUAGUUUCUCGAGCAACCGCAGUACAGCGAUGCAGAGAUUGGAUCUUUGCUAGGUCAAGCUCGUUGAUGUCCUGAAGAUCUGUGGUUUUUACAUCUACCCAACAAUUUAAAUGGGCAAAUCAAAGUAUUUGGCAUUACUGAUGGGAGAAAUUUCUGAGGGGCUGAAGAUGGAUGGCUAUGGUUCUAGUCUUCUGCUAUCAGAUGAUCCCAUUGUCGUUAAGAUUCAUUUGGAUGGCAUAUGGAGGAGCUUUCUCGUAUCUUUUCGCUGUUCUCUGUUCUGAUGCUAUCUCUCCCAUCUCUGCAAUGUGGAAGUAUAUGUAUCUUCUCGUUACAAUCAGAUACUGUUAAUCAUUCAUUUGAAUUCGGAGAUUAUCCUUGUUUGUCAUGGAUCA